UUACCAAUUAAUAAUUUUACUGUUUUUCUUACGUAUUGUGAGUUAUAUAUGCAUAUGGGACUCAUAGUUAAAACAAACUAAACGAUUUACUACAAUGUGCUUAAAAAGAAAUAGUAUUGUGUGAUAUAACGUAAAACAUAAACUCGAUUAUUGAUCGAGAGGAUAGUCAUAGUAAGGGCAAUCAAUAAGAAGGCCAGUACAGGUGCAGUCAGAAGAAGUAUGGCAGGCGUUCUACUUCGAAGUCUUCAUAAUUUGGAAAGUUCGGCAACCGAACCUACUGCCAAGUGGACCGUUCCUUUGAGUGACGGGAAUCACGUAGUGGAAUUUGAACAUGGUACAGCAACAGGCCGACGUAUAGUAAAAAUUGAUGGGGAUGAAAUAGUUCACAGAGAUUGGAUGUUUCGUCUAGUCGGUGACGAAGUCUUUAUGUUCAAUAAUACUAAAUUCGUGAUUAGAGUCGAUCCGAUGCCAGGUCUGAAAUAUUCUUACUCGUUGUGGGUGAAUGGAAAGAGUUACAAGCAAUUUGUUCAGUCGCAAACAAAGAUAUUGGAAACUUGGUUGGCCAAAGUUGGGAACGAAGAAUAUAGAAUCGUGUUAGACAAACAAGCUCACAGUGUUUGGGUAAAUGGACAAGAGGUGGAAGUCGAGAACGAAUUCGUGGAUGGCGGUGCAGAGAUUCUUUUCUCCGUUGAAGGCUUACAGGCCGCGAUCAGAUCUUACAGUUCAGAACAAAAAGAAAUUGGUAUAGCGUAUUCUCUAUACAUUGAUAAUAUUGAAAUACAGCAAGAAGUUUUAGUGGAAGAGCAACCCUAAUUAAAAUAUAAUAUGUCUCGAGCUAUCUAUAAGUAGAUUUUUAUAUUUUACUUUAAUUGAUAAGUAUACAUAGUGGUUACUCAUAAAUUAUAUGUAUCAUUAAAUAACUGCACAAAUGUGACACACAUUUUUUCUUCUGAAAUGUGACAUAUUCAAUUCAGUCAAUAUCAAUCAAUGUAUCAUGCAAUUUUAUGUAUAUUUUUAAAACUAUGAUAAAUGUAAUAAAAUUACUAAGCACACACAU